UAGAAAAACAAAUGAGUAGAAGUUAAUUUCCAAAUUUCUUACAGGAAUUGAAAUUGUUGAGAGGCUAUCCACCAUGGGGAUUGCAGUGAACCUGGUGACAUACUUGAUCGGAACUAUGCAUCUUCCAAGCUCAACUUCAGCCAAUAUUGUCACUGAUUUUAUGGGCACAUCGUUUCUCCUGUGUUUGCUUGGAGGUUUUCUUGCUGAUUCCUUUCUGGGAAGAUAUAGGACAAUCGGAAUCUCUGCUGCAAUACAAACUCUGGGAACUGCCACAUUGGCAAUCUCAACAAAAUUGCCACAGCUACGUCCACCACCUUGCAAUGCUACAACGAGCGGGGACAAUUGCAAGCAAGCUAAUGGAUUUCAAAUGGGAUUUUUAUACAUGGCUUUGUACAUUGUUGCUCUAGGGACUGGUGGUCUGAAGUCUAGUGUUUCUGGGUUUGGAACUGACCAGUUUGAUGAGAAAGAUGAGAAGGAGAAGUAUCAGAUGGUCUAUUUCUUCAAUAGGUUCGUCUUCUUCAUUAGUUUUGGAACUCUGAUGGGUGUCACAGUGCUCGUGUAUAUAGAGGAUGAAGUGGGUCGAAGCUGGGCGUAUGGUAUAUGUUCUGCUUCUAUGUUGAUAGCCAUUUUGGUAUUCUUAUCUGGAACUAAAAGAUACAGAUAUAAGGAAAGCUUGGGAAGCCCAAUUAUCCAUAUUUUCCAAGUCAUUGUUUCUGCUAUAAGGAAAAGGAAACUCAAUCUGCCAUACAAUGCUGACUCGUUGUUUGAGAACACACCUGAGGCUUCAAGAAUUAAGCACACUGAUCAGUUCCGUUUCUUGGAGAAAGCAGCAAUUGUGGCAGAAGGUGAUCUUGAGAAGACCAUAUCUGGUUCUGCUCCAAACCCUUGGAAACUAUGCUCAUUGACAAGGGUAGAGGAAGUUAAGAUGAUGGUGAGGCUGCUACCAGUGUGGGCCACAACCAUCAUGUAUUGGACCACAUACGCACAGCUGAUCACCUUCUCAGUUGAGCAAGCCUCCACCAUGGACAGGUCCAUUGGGAAUUUCCAGAUUCCUGCAGGCUCUCUCACUGUCUUCUUUGUGUUGGCUGUACUAAUCUCUAUUGCUGUUUAUGAUCGUCUCAUCAUGCCCCUUUGGAAAAUGUGGAAAGGCAAACCGGGUUUCACCAACCUACAGAGGAUUGCGAUAGGGCUUGCACUUUCAACUUGUGGAAUGGCAGUCGCUGCAUUGUGCGAGAGAGAAAGACUGAAGGUGGCAAAAGGAGUGAAUCCAACCCCAGCAAGGCUCCCAAUAAGCGUUUUCCUGCUGAUUCCACAGUUCUUGUUGGUAGGUUCUGGUGAAGCCUUCGUAUACGUAGGCCAACUUGACUUCUUCCUGACACAAUCCCCAACAGGCAUGAAAUCCAUGAGCACUGGUCUCUUCCUUACCACCUUAUCUCUUGGCUUCUUCGUCAGUAGCUUCCUAGUUUCAAUUGUGAAGAAAGUUACUGGGACUAAAGAUGGAGAGGGAUGGCUAGCUGAUAACAUGAACAAUGGAAGGCUUGAUUUGUUCUAUGCCCUGUUAACCAUUCUAUGUUCAAUAAACUUUGCUGCAUUUCUGGUGUCUGCAAUGUGGUACAGGCCUAAGAAAUCUAAACCUGCUCAGCAAAUGGCGGUAAUAGACGAGUCAUUGGCAGAUAAGUUUUGAAGAGCUUUGACGGUUAAUUGUAGGUAGCCAGAUUAUUUUACGUAGUUUGGUUUGUUCUUCCUGGCAAAGUUGAGGACUCCACAUAUAUAUAACAAAAAUAAGCCAUGACUCUUCACCAAAAAGAUUCUGGGUUGAGCCACUAAAAGCUUUGAUACAAUAGAAAGUACUUCCUGUCCCAAUGGGAAAUUGUCCUGUUCUCGGAGAACUGUGAAUUGUCGUUUGCAAUUUUGAUGCAGCAGUGCAUGAAGAAACAGGAGAUUCAACCCGCAAUUUGAGAUGAUAUUUUGGAAGACUUGUUGGGGUGUUCAUGUUGGAGCUGGAAUUCCUUGUCCUGUGAAUUGGUAAGAUCAUUGUUGUCUUUUAUAUUCUUGUAUGUCAUGUU